GAAAUAUUAGAGAGAAAUUUUCUUCUUGUUUUUCUUGUCUUUGCUGAACAAAUGAAUCCAGGGACUGCCAUUGCUUGCAGGACGCGUUACAGGAGGAGAAAGUUGUUUGAGGAUGCUUUAAUAAUGAGUCGGAAGAAGAAGAAGGCACGGGAACGUGAAUCAAUCUCCUCCAAGGGUGAAGAUGGAAGUGGGAAAAUGGAACCUGUGUCACCAUUUUCUGUUGGUCUUUCAAUGAACAGUGAAAGAGUAUCAUCCGAAAGUGGAUUUCAGCCUUUGGGAGGACAUGAGAACGACCCAAUUGAAAUCAGUGAUGGUGACAAUGGCAGUGAGACUGAAGAGGGGUUGAGGGAGUCUGAGAACGAUAUAUUUUGUGUUGAAGUAGAAAAGAAGAGCGAAGAAGAUGAAGGGUCUUUUGUGUUGGGUGAUAAAGUUGUGAACUUUGACGAUGAUAACUGUGGUUGUGUAUCUGACAAGCCGGAUGUAUUGACUAUUGAUGAUGACGAGGAGGAUGAUCUGCUUUCGUCUUCAACUGAUAGUGAGGAUAAGGAGACGAGCGAUGAAGAUUUUCUGGUUGCUGAUGAUGAUGAUGGCUUUGAGACUGAAGGCUCGACGACCAGUGACGAGAGUAAUGGUGAUGAUGGUCGUGGUGGUGAUGAUGUGAGGGGAGUUCAGAGGAAGAUAUUGAAGGGUAUGGUGAGAAAGAUGGAGAGUGAUGCUGAAAGCAGUGAGAUUCGUGAAAGAAAAGGUGAAAGAAAAGGUAAUGAACAGGUAGAUGUGGAGGAACUAUGGAGGAUGGCUGAUUGUACUAGUGCGACCUCUAGUAAAUCUGAGAUUUAUAAGAAGGAAGGACAACAUGUAGCACAUAAAGAUGAAGAAAAGAGAGUGCAAAGUGUCAUUGCAGAUUCUGAAGUUUUUGGUGUUCACGUGAAAAAUUCAGGUUGUUCUAUGUCUUCUGAAGCACUGGAGCAUAUGAAGAAAAGUGAUAGUGCGACAUUGCAGAAACAGAUAGGAGAUCCAGCUGUGGUCGAGAAGAGUGGGAGAAAUAAAAAUAUCAAUGUUGACUUGGUAGAUAUUGAUGAUAUUAAAAGAAAAGGGAAUCAACAAAACAAAGGAACAGGUUUGAGAAGUGUUUCUUUUCGUCCCAAAAACCAAGCGAAGAUAGGAGAUUCGGCUAAAAUUGUAAUGGAAAAGGACAAGGAAGGGGAACCAAAAUAUUGGUUUCAUAGCAAUAACCGUAAGAAGGACGGGGACGGAGCAGUGGAUGAUGAAACUGGUGACAAAGAGUUGUAUGAAGUAACAAGGAUGCCAUCCACGUUGAAAAACAAAUGUUAUCAAAUUUUUACUGAAUGUUUUAUGGGCAAGAAUGAUUCUGUUAAGGAUAAUUCAUAUAAGUUGGAUGAAAAGGAUGAUGUUGUUGCUGAGGGUGAGACUCAGGCAUUAGUUUCCAGGGAGCCAACCCCUUUGAAUUGUUCUUUUAUGAACGAAGAAGAACCUGUUGAAAAAUCAGAGGAAGAUGAGUUAGAUAUGUUGUGGGCUGAAAUGGACAUGUUGCUUCGAGCUGAAGAAAUUGGGACCCAGGUUAAUAAUAUGGGGACAAAUGAAGCAACAGAAAACGGAGAAAGUUCAGCCCCGAAGUGCAAGCAUGACACCAUCUUUAAUGAGCAGAUUGGGAUAUAUUGUAGAUGGUGUGGUUGGACCGUCACUGAAAUCAAAUAUAUCACACCACCAUUUGUGGAUUCUGAAAGAUAUGGUGGUAGAAUGGCGUCAUCUAGUGAAGGGAAAACCUCACUAUUGGAUGGGGCUAUGUUGAAUGAGUCUGGUGAUGAUGACUCGGAGGUCAUUUGGUCUCAGAAAGAAGGCACAGUUUGGGACCUUAUUCCUGACAUCAAACAGAGCUUGUAUCCUCAUCAACAAGAAGGGUUUGAGUUUAUUUGGAGAAACUUGGCAGGAACUAUUGACCUUGCCAAAUUGAAGAGUGUUGACCCUUGCAAUGAAGGAGGCUGCAUUAUUUCUCAUGCUCCUGGAACAGGAAAGACUAGGUUGACCAUGGUGUUUCUUCAGUCAUAUUUGCAAUUGUUUCCAAAGUGUCUACCUGUUAUCAUUGCUCCUUCCAGCAUAUUGCUUACCUGGGAAGACGAGCUGAGAAAGUGGAAACUAGGAAUUCCAUUCCAUAACUUGAACAGUGCUGAAUUAUCAGGGAACGAACAACUCAUCAGUGAAGUUGAUUGGUAUGGUAACCAGAGGCAGAAUAAGGAUGCCAUAAGGAUGGUGAAAUUGUGUUCAUGGUACAAAGAAAAGAGCAUUCUACUAAUCAGCUACAAUUUGUAUGAGAAGCUAGCAGGGGCCACUUCUGUAGGUGGUGGGGGAAAAGAUAAGAAUAAUAAAAAGUUCGGGAAAAAGAAACGUGCAAAGACAAGGGAGUACAUUGAAAGUGGAAUGGGAAAGGUUCUGCGUGACUAUCCUGGUUUGCUAGUACUUGACGAAGGACACACUCCUCGGAACCAGAAUAGUUAUAUUUGGAAGGUUCUUUCUGAAAGUAGAACUCAGAAGAGAAUUCUUCUCUCAGGGACUCCUUUCCAGAACAACUUUUUGGAACUUUACAAUAUUUUGUGCUUGAUGAAACCAUCCUUUCCUGACAGCAUCCCACAAGAACUCAAGAAGUUUUGCCAAAGUAGACUAAUGCAAGGAGGAAAAGCUUCGAAAGAAAUGAAUUGGGAACAUGUUUCUUCUGGAAAUCCAGCUGAUGUAAAAAUAAACCAGCUAAAAUUGCUGAUGAACCCCUUUGUUCAUGUUCACAAAGGUAGCAUUCUUGAGAAGAACCUUCCUGGGUUGAGAGAAUGUGUGUUGGUUCUGAAGCCAGACAUUUUGCAGCAAGAAACUCUAGAGAGCAUUGAAUGCUCUCAAAACGUACUAAACUUUGAACACAAGUUGGCCUUGGUCUCAGUCCAUCCAUCCCUUUUCCUCAGCUGCUCCUUGUCAGAAAAAGAAGAAUCUAUUAUUGACAAGGAUAGGUUGGAAAAAAUUAGACUGAACCCUUAUGCAGGGGUGAAAACCAAGUUUCUGAUCGAGUUUAUAAGACUAUGCGAUGCAGUUAAUGAGAAAGUCCUUGUUUUCAGCCAAUUCAUUGAUACUUUAGACUUAAUCAAGGAGCAGCUGGAGUCUGCAUUGAAUUGGACUGUGGGGAUGGAAGUGUUAUAUAUGUAUGGCAGGCUUGACCAAAAGCAGAAACAGUCCCUCAUUUAUAGUUUCAAUGAUGCAAAUAGCCGAGCAAAGGUGUUACUUGCUUCUAUAAAAGCAUCCUCUGAAGGCAUUAACUUAGUUGGAGCUUCAAGGGUGGUGCUUCUUGAUGUUGUUUGGAAUCCCUCGGUGGAAAGGCAAGCUAUUUGCCGAGCAUAUAGACUUGGACAGAAGAAAGUUGUUUUUACUUAUCAUCUUCUUGCCCAGGACACCCCUGAAUGCACCAAAUAUUGCAAACAAGCUGAAAAGAACCGAUUAUCUGAACUGGUUUUCUCAAAUAAAAAUGCUGAAAGCGAUAAGCUCAAGAGUAGUGGAGUAAUGCUUGAGGAUUUUGAGGAUAGAGUUCUUGAUGUCAUGGUUCAGCAUGAAAAACUCAAGGAUAUGAUUGGUGAAUGUCUAAUUCAACCUAGGAAGAGAGAUUUGGAGAUCUUGGGUCCCUGAUCCUUUGAUUGUUGGAACUUUGUUAAGUUAAGAUACGAUUGACUCAUGUUUUUUGUUUGACUGUAAAAUUUUAGCAACACCUAUAUUAAU